AUGGCCGCCGACGACAGGGAUACUUCGGAGAACAGUACGCUGCCACCGCCGUCAUUGAACGGCGCUAUCGGGCCCCACAGAUCUGGCUUUGAGUGGAACACCGGCCACAGUAGCCACAGGCACGAGGGCGGCGCGAAGGAGGAGGGAAAACAUGUUAUGCAUCACGAGUUUGCCAGUACAGCUGCGCCGACGGCGCAGCCGGGGGGUCGCAGCAACUCGAAGAACUCCAGCGAAGGGAGUGUUAACUGCCCCCAUGCGAAGCUGGACGCCAGCUACGAGGAGAUCCACACGGAGGAGGAUCAGUUCACCCGGCCUGUGCUCAACGGAGUGGGCCGAUUUCGUGGCAAUAGCUACGAUGAUGAGAAGUUUGAUGAAGACGAAUAUAACUCCGAGGACGAAGAGGAUGAGGAGGAUGAGGAUGUGCCGCGAAUUGCCAUGAUUGCGGAGCCCAGCAAGAAGAGGUUUUCCUGCAACAUUUUCGACGCCAAAGCCAGAGCCGGUAAAGCACCACUGGAGCCUUCACACAACCGCUACAGAGAAGAAGAGCAACCGCAACAUUCUACGGAGUGGCGACGUCGUGGAUGCUCGUUCUCCGAUGCUGAGCACGAGGCAUGGGGGCCGCAACAUGCCAAUGGGGAAGAGUGGAAGGGCGUUUUUUCACAAAAGGCGGCGGCGCGAAUACGGAUGGAAGGGCAUCCUCGUCACGUGUACAUAGACCCGCCCUCUUUGCCCGAGCGGCUGUCAGGUGAAGUUGCUAAGGUUGUGACGCUUUCCCCGCUUCGGCGGAGGUCCCCGCUUGCAUACGAGACCGUACAAGCAGCUUCGGAGAAUGCGGUGAAAGCGCAUGUCGUUGGGGAGGCGCAUAAAUUCUACGCAUCAGAGCCGUUUGCAGCGAGGAGGGACUGGACGCCGACGCGCGGAGAGUUUGAGCCCGACGAUGCGGGUGUUGGUGUGGGUAUUGAUGCCGUCGUGCCUUUGCAGCAGCGUCCCCGCCGCUCUGAUCCGUCCGAGUGGCCGAGCGGCGGGGACGCAAACGUGGUGUCCGCUCUCUUCUCCGAAGAAAAACCCCAGGAGAGGGAACGAGGACAUGAAUCGCCUUCGCUGCAGAAGAAAUACAGGCGCCACAGGAAGGAGGAAAAGCAGGACGCGGACAGCAAGCUGCUGCAGCGUUCGGCUUCGCCCUCCACCGACUCCGAAGCGGAGGUGAGGGAAAAGAAGAAGCAUCGCAGAAUGAGAAGCAGCGGUGGUGACGAUGACGACGAGAAACCCCGAAGCAAGAGCAGGAGGAAACUCAAAAAAAGGCAUGGCAAUGACGAGAAGAAGACGGCGGGGGAGGGGGAGAACGGAAAUGAAGCCGAGCACGCGGAUGUGCAAGUUUUGCCUGUAUUUACCGCGGAGCAGGUUGUACCGCCAAAGCCGAAGAAGACAAAGAUUUACUGCAACAGCUGGUUCAGCAUGAAACGGAAGAAGAAGCAAAGGGAGGCGAGUGCUGUCUCAGCGAAGCAAGCAGCAGUCAAGCAGCCAACUGACACGAAGGGGGGAGCCAGCGCUGGGAUGCCCUCCGUGUUAGAGAAAGGUCAGCAUGCGACGCAGACACCGGCACCCCAUCUGCGGCGACAGAAGCACCAAAAAAGAAGGCCUUCGCCACUGUCGUCGGAAGUGUCGGACGACACGAGUGCAGCGUGUGACCAUCCUGCAGCCGCGGCACUCGUGCCGCGCUCUCAGUCGCUUGAGCAUCAUCACCGGCGCGAGACGAGUAAAUCCCCUGCGGAGCGUGGCAGCGCGAAGAAGCGAGUGAAUAACUUGAGCGACGUGGACUAG